AGUCGGUAAAACAGAUGCAAGCACGUGGAGUAAUCAUACGUGUGUACAAAAAUGGCAUCACACAGUGACGAAAAUGAACAAAAACGUCCUCAAUUUGGCAACCGAAUACUUUCUGUGGAUGACAAUGUAUUUCAACAUAAUGCUUGGGAUAAUGUCGAAUGGGAUGAACAGCAACAGCAGUUGGCUCAACAAAAGGUGACGGAAAAUUCAGUCAUCACAAUUACGGAGCAGCAAUUACAAAAAUAUAAUGAUGAAGCUGAUAAAUUCUGGGACAAAUUCUAUGGAAUUCAUCAAAAUCGAUUUUUCAAAGAUCGGCAUUGGUUAUUUACUGAAUUUCCAGAAUUAGCUCCAUUUAAAAUUAAAUAUGAUCUUACCGUUCCGGAAAGAUCAUUACCAGUAACAUCAAAAAGUGAAGAAAGUUUACGGUUGACAGAAGAGUCCAAUGAUAAGGAACAAGUUAUUUUAGAAAUUGGCUGUGGAGUUGGGAAUACGAUUUUCCCCAUUCUUUUAUACAAUCCAAGUCCAAAACUUUUUGUUUACGGCUGUGAUUUUUCUUCAACUGCUGUUGAAAUAUUACAGCAGCAUAAAGAUUAUAAUCCAGCUAGGUGUAAAGCGUUCGUUUUAGAUGUAACAAGUGAAACGUGGAAUCCACCAUUUGAGCCAGCAAGUUUAGACAUUGUUUUAUUAAUAUUUGUUCUAUCUGCAAUCCAUCCUGACAAACAAAGACAUGUAAUUCAACAAAUUUAUCAUUACUUGAAGCCUGGAGGACUAGUUCUGUUCAGAGAUUAUGGAAGAUUCGAUUUAGCUCAAUUGAGGUUCAAGAAAGGAUGUUGUCUUGGUGAUAAUUUUUAUGCCCGAGGAGAUGGUACGAGAGUUUAUUUUUUUACUCAAAAUGAACUGAGAAACUUAUUUGUAAGUUGUAAUUUUGAAGAAAAACAAAAUAUAAUUGAUCGAAGAUUACAAGUCAACCGAGGAAAACAAUUAAAGAUGUACAGAGUUUGGAUUCAAGGAAAAUAUUAUAAACCUUUAGAAUCAAAUUAGCAUCAUUAUUAGACAUUACUCUCAUUUUUGGUAAAUACUUCGCUCGUAAAUAUUUUUUAUUAAUGAUUCAUCAAUAAGUUGAGAUAAUUUUACUAGAUAAAUUUUACUUAAUCUCGUUAUUAAUUAAGGAUCAUUUUUUAUUCAAAAUAGAUUAAUAAUUAUGCAAACAGCUAUUUAUAACUAAUAUAUUAACUUUGAAUUCUGAUGUUAAUCUUUUUGGAGGAAAUAUUCGAAGUUUUGUGUAAAUGGUUUGAAU